AUGUCCCCCCUCACACUCAAAACCCUCUCGGCCCUGCGCGUGCUCAUCGGCGCGACGUGCCUGCUCGUCCCGCGCCCCGCCGGCACGCUCUUCGGCAUCCCCCUCGCGCCGGGGCCGGAAGGCGUGCUCCUCGGCCGCAUGGUCGGGGUCAGGGACGUCGUGCUCGGGGCGUAUUUGUGGAAGAGAGUAAGGGGAGUGGAACAGGAGCAGCAGCAGCAGCAGCAGCAUGAAGAUGCUGAGGUCGGUUCGAUGGCGAAGAGUGGUUCCCCUGUGGCUGCUGGAGCGGGCGAGGAGCGGCUGACCAGGACGCCAUUGCUGUUCAAUAAGGUCAAUUCGUCCGUGGCGGGGGGUGUGGAUGUCAGCAAGGAUGGGAAUGGGAAUGGAGACGCAGGAAACUAUUCCUCGUUGUCAUUAGGAGUUAGCGGUGGUCUAGCUGCCCUUCGACUGGCCGAAAGGGAAUCUGCCCUGCACUCGGCCGUGUGGCUCGGCCUGGUCGUCGACACGAUCGACGUCGCCAGCGUGCUCGUCGGCUCUCUGGGCGGCGGCGAUCCACUCUCCGACCUCGCGAAGGUGACCGUCGGUGCCGGCGGCUUGGUCUUUGCGCUGAUUGCGGGACAGCAUCUGCUGGUGCAUCAACGAGGCUGA